CAUUCAGCAGAAGGCGUUAGAACGUGACGUCUACAUGGAGAUCUGCAAUGACGGGAAGAAGAUCCGCCUUCAGGGGCUUGCUGAGGACAUCCUGGUUCUACAGUCCGAAAUCCACCAGAUCCUGGCCCGCGUGAUGAACGAGGGGAAGCAGCAGGAACACGCCCAGCUCAUCGCCAGAAUCGUUAAGUGGGUUUACGUGGACAACGGUACUGAGGUAGAGUUUGACCGUCUCACCAAUCUAAAGAUCGAAUAUGCAUUAGACGAGGGGCACAAUCGAGUCAGGGUUGACGUUGAUGACGUCGGGGAGUGUUUGGCCCACAUUGGCAAUAACAUUCUGGUGACUGUACAAGAGGGGCAUCGUUACAAGCUGAAGAGGAAAGCUGUAGGUUGA